UGUAGAAUUUUAUAGAAAUUGAAGUAUUGAAAUUUAAAGAUAUAAUAAUUAUGUGCUAAUUGUAAAAACUCAUAUAAUAUAGACUUUAUUUAACCUUUCUUUCGUAACCAUAAAACGAUGAUUUUUUUACGGCAAAUGAUGGAUGAAGCGGCAACAAUUAAAAAAUGUUCGCAGUAGUACAGUGUAAAGUUAUAUAACGACUCGGCACAAGGUUAACCUCAAAAUCUUCGGUUGUAUGGCUCCGCAAACGAAAAUGCAAUGUAAGAAAAUACUGUAAAAUUAAGGUUAAAUAUAAAACAUUCACACAAUAAUUUUUCUUAUCGGAAUUGUUCUAAUUAUUAACUAAGAAUUGGUCAUGGUUAACUCCUGUGAAUUUUUAACUAUUGAUGAAGUUCAUACUCCUGCAGAGCGUGUUCAUUUCGUGGAGCAGGAAUGCGCUAGUGCUGUAUUUUCUACAACUUUUUACACUUACAUUGCAGGUACAGUAGUAAUUCCUUUGCUACUUAAAUCUUUCCGUAACUAUUUACCAAUGCCUAUAGAAUAUAAGGUGGCUAGUGGUUCAUUAUUGGCUGUGGUAUUUUCUUAUUUUGCUGGAGUUCGUGCCAAAAGGAGAUGUGAAGAAGAUAUCAAUAGACAGCUUGAUGAAAAAUUUAUGGCUUAAUUUUGGUACUGGUCACUAAUAUCUCAAAUUCAAAAUGAGCAGCGUUUUGAAAAGUCUUAUGCCGUUUGUAAAACAGGGUUUAAACAAUAAAUUGGCUUUGUAUAGAAAAAAUGUACUUAGAGAAUCAUGGUAUCUACCAAAGAGACUGAGACAUGAAGAUGAAUUUUUCAUGGUUGAGGAAGAAACAGAAUUAAUAAAUCCAGAGUACAAUGAGAUAGCUAAUGAGUAUCUAGGAGUAGUAGCAAAAGGUCAUCGAACAUUUGUAAUUCAACCAUAUAUCAAAUGGGGUAAAGAUAAAAAACAACAAACCACUAGAGAGUUGCAACUUGCUGAAUCUGUUGCACUAGUUGAAACUCUGCCCUAUUGGGAAGUAGUAGAUAAAAUGUGGAUUCCACUAAUGAGUUUGGAAAGAAAACAACUAUUUGGAUCUGGUGGUCUAGAAAAUAUUAAAACUAGAAUCAAGUGUGGCAGAAAUGUAACAGCAAUUUUUGUUAGUACAAACACUCUCAAACAUGUGCAACUUUUGGAACUUGAAAAAAUAUUUGGUUUGCCAGUUUACGACAGAUACUCUAUAGUUAUACACAUUUUUAGGAGUCAUGCAAGGAGUCCUGAAGCUAAACUUCAAGUUGCAUUGGCUGAACUCCCAUAUAUUUACAAAAAAAUGAGUGAAUUAGGAGGGAGGAUAAAUCUAUUAGAAAAACGUAGAAUGUAUUUGCAAGCACGAGAAUCACAACUCAAGACUGCUUUGAAAAAACUCAAAUUGCAUCGAGAAGCUGUUCGUAAUAAAAGAAAGCAUUAUGGAUUUGUUACUGUUGCUGUUGUAGGAUACACAAAUGCAGGAAAGACUUCUUUAAUUAAAGCUUUAACUGGUGAUUUUGGAUUACAACCCAAGAACUUUUUGUUUGCAACACUAGAUACCACAGCGCAUGAAGGUAUUCUUCCAUGUAAAAUGAAAGUUUUGUAUAUUGACACCAUAGGCUUCAUACAAGAUGUACCAGCCACGUUAAUUGAACCAUUUGUGGCUACACUGGAAGAUGCGAUGAUAGCUGAUAUAAUUGUGCAUGUUUACGAUGCAAGUCAUCCAGAUAAAUUAGCACAAAUCGAGCAUGUCCGCAAAACGUUAAAAUCUUUAACAAAUGGUGAUAAACCGUUGAUUGAGAUAGCUAACAAGUGCGAUUUAAUAGAGCCCGGAACUUUACCAACCGAGGUUUUAGGAAUCUCGGCAACGAAGGCAACUGGAUUGGACAUAUUACGCCAUAAAAUCGAGAAAUUAAUUUUUGCCGAAACUGGAAGAUCGGUAAUGAAGAUGAGAGUAGAAUCAGGAAGCGAAGCCAUGACGUGGCUUUAUAACGAAGCUACUGUUCUACAUGCCGAGGCAGAUCCUAAAGAUUCACAGUUUCUGUUACUCGACGUUAUCGUUACAGAUAAUCUUCUACACCGAUUUCGGCGUUACUUGAAGCAAUAAAAUAGAAAUUUAAAUGUAACAUAAGUAAAUAUAGUUGUAAAGUGACAAAUUUAAUAUAUCAUAACAAUUGUA